AUGAGCUCUCAAGACCCCCUCAACUCUACCAACUCGUCAACGACAAACAACACUCAAGAUGCCUCGGGACGACAGCCCUCCUCCGCCGCCGCCGGUUCCUCCGAACUCUCCGGUGCAAAGAUAAGCCUCCGCAAGUCGCUGCGCAGCUUCCCCGACUUCCCUAUCCCGGGAAUUAACUUCGUCGACAUUAUGCCUCUCUUCGCCGACCCCGUCGCCCAUGCCACCCUUGUUGAUGCCCUCGAGCUCCAGAUUGCCGAGGCUUUCCCUACCAAGCCCGACGUUAUCGUUGGCCUCGACGCCCGUGGUUUCCUUUUCGGCCCUGGUCUUGCGCUCCGCCUCGGCGUUCCUUUCGCUGCUGUUCGCAAGCAGGGCAAGCUUCCCGGACCUUGCGUUACUGCCGAGUACAUCAAGGAGUACGGCAAGGAUCUUUUCCAGAUGCAGGAGGACGCUGUUCGUGAGGGCCAGAAGGUCCUCAUUGUGGACGAUAUCAUUGCCACUGGCGGUUCUGCAAAGGCCGCAGCUGAGCUCGUCCAACAGCUUAAGGGUGAGGUUAUGGGAUACCUCUUCAUUCUUGAAAUCCCUGGUCUCAACGGGCGUGAUAAGCUCGGUGCUCCUCCCACCAAGAUUCUCCUUGAGGACGCUUAA